CUCCGUCGCCUCUUGUUGUUUACGUCGCUAUGACAUUGACAAUAUUCCUUCAUCAGCGAUCAAAGCAACACGUUUGCAAAAUUUCGAAAAAUGUUCUGGGGACUCAGCCCAGCGCUCGAUUUGCAAGAGGAAUACUUGAACCAUGGAGAUAAAAGCGCUUACGAGCUAAAUUUCUUAGUGAUUGGAGGUUGCGAUGCAAGACAUCUGAUCAAAACCAUCGCUCAAGCUUACAGACAUGAGCGACGCUACAUGAACCUCUUUGUCGUCGACGGGUGCCCCGAGAUAGUGGCCAGGCAGUUGCUACUGAUGUCUCUAGGUUUGGAGAAAACUACAAGAUGUGGUUUACUGGAAAAAACAAGACGGUUUCUCGAAGUGUACGGGAAUAUGCUGCUUCGCCCACCGACUUCAAGGUACAUAAUCGCUAAAGCACGUCAACUUGUUGGCAUGGUCACCAACCCAGAAUUUAUGAACUGCAUACUACCGUGCAUUUCGAUCGAGCAAAUGAAAUAUCGUGAACGCGAUUACAUGGAAAACCUACUCAAUUUUUGGACGACAGGCAAUACAAACCAAUUCAACGCUUGCGAGUUAUGGGAGCACCGACUGAGGAAUUCCUUGGGACUUAGAUAUGAUAGUAGAGUGGGAGUGUACGAUUGGGACUACCACAUGCGUUUGAAAGAGAUAGCUAGUCAAAUCUGUUUCCAAGAGUACAAGCAUUUUAGAGAGCACGGGAUAGCAUUUACAUGGCUGGAGACUGAAGUGUGCAGACCAAAUGUUACUUUGUCGGCUGGUGUUUAUAAAUGCGGGGACAGAUAUCUACAUCGAGGAUAUCUCGGUGACAUCGUGGCUUCGCCAUACAUAGCUUACGGCUUAGACUGUGAAGACAAGGACAUGCUAAAAUCCUCCCACGGAGUGAACUACAAACGUGCAACUGAUGUAUCGGAGCGUAACCUCAUGCGCAUGUUAUAUGAAGUGGAGAAUCGAGAGAAAUUCGACGCUAGUGUGAUGAACCUGGAUAGGCAGAAAGAUUUAGGAAUGGUGGUGUUAAGCGAGCUGGAUGCGAAGAUAUCACAAGGUGGUCCUGAAGCACCUCUACUCCUCCGUGAAGAUCGCGACACGUACAUCAACGUGGAUUACGCUAAAGUGCACUUUUUGUCUCUCUCCGCUUUGGACCAUUACCCUCACAAGCCGCAGUUCCAAGGUCUGUUUCAUGGUGUAUUUUUAGGGCAUAACAUGCUGCCUCGGGUGAAGCCAAGUGUAUGGUCUAUGGCUAGAGACGACGCGGUGGUGAUUAUGGAGUCGAGGAAAUACAUGGUGGAGUUGAAACGAGACGACGUGAAGGCGUGCGUAGAGCAGGUGCAGCAGGCCGCCGCGGCGGCUCAGUGCGAAAAGCUCGGCUCUUUUGACCCUGAGAAGGAUGCGUUCGCCAAAUUUCGUAUCAGACGAUCUAGUGGCAGUUUUGAUCUUGGUAAUUAAA